AGAAUGCAAAGGUGUGAUCUGCGAUCUCUCACUCCCGUGCUCUGUCUCUCUCCUCCCUGCUUCCCGGGCCUGCUGACAGCGGUGGUUGGGGCUGGGAUUGGGGGCUCUGCGGUAGCCCAUUUCCUCCAGCAGCACUUUGGACCACGGGUGCAGAUCGACGUGUAUGAGAAAGGGACUGUGGGCGGCCGCCUGGCCACCAUCUCAGUGAACAAGCAGCACUACGAGAGCGGGGCCGCCUCCUUCCACUCCCUGAGCCUGCACAUGCAGGACUUCGUCAAGUUGCUGGGGCUGAGGCACCGGCGUGAGGUGGUAGGCAGGAGUGCCAUCUUCGGCGGGGAGCAUUUCAUGCUGGAGGAGACCGACUGGUACCUGCUGAACCUCUUCCGCCUCUGGUGGCACUACGGCAUCAGCUUCCUGAGACUGCAGAUGUGGGUGGAGGAGGUCAUGGAAAAGUUCAUGAGGAUCUAUAAGUACCAGGCCCACGGCUAUGCCUUCUCGGGCGUGGAGGAGCUGCUCUACUCACUAGGAGAGUCUACCUUCAUCAACAUGACCCAACGUUCUGUGGCUGAGUCCUUGCUCCAGGUGGGCGUCACACAGCGUUUUAUCGACGAUGUUGUCUCUGCCGUCCUGCGGGCUAGCUACGGCCAGUCAGCUGCAAUGCCUGCGUUUGCUGGAGCCAUGUCGCUAGCCGGGGCCCAAGGCAGCCUGUGGUCUGUGGAAGGGGGCAACAAGCUGGUUUGUUCUGGUCUGCUGAAGCUCACCAAGGCCAACAUGAUCCACGCCACAGUGACCUCUGUGACCUUGCACAGUACAGAAGGCAAAGCUCUGUACGAGGUGGGGUAUGAGAAUGAGGUGGGUAACGGCACUGACUCCUAUGACAUUGUGGUCAUCGCCACCCCCUUGCACCUGGACAACAGCAGCAGCAACUUCACUUUUGAAGGCUUCAACCCACCCAUUAAUGACAUCCAGGGGUCUUUCCAGCCCACUGUCGUCUCCUUGGUCCACGGCUACCUCAACUCUUCCUACUUUGGUUUCCCUGACCCUAAGCUUUUCCCCUUCGCCAACAUCCUUACCACAGACUUCCCUGGUUUCUUCUACACGCUGGACAACAUCUGUCCUGUCAACAUCUCAGCUAACUUCCGGCGGAAGCAACCCCAGGAGGCAGCUGUUUGGCGAGUCCAGUCCCCCAAGCCCCUCUUUCGGACCCAGCUGAAGACCCUCUUCCGUUCCUAUUACUCAGUCCAGAUGGCCGAGUGGCAGGCCCAUCCCCUCUACGGCUCACGCACCACUCUCCCAAGGUUCGUGCUCCAUGACCAACUCUUCUACCUCAAUGCCCUGGAGUGGGCAGCCAGCUCCGUGGAGGUGAUGGCCGUGGCUGCCAAGAAUGUGGCCUUGCUGGCCUACAACCGCUGGUACCAGGACCUGGACAAGAUUGACCAAAAGGACUUGAUGCACAAGGUCAAGACUGAACUGUGAGGGCUCCAGGGAGAGCCCGGGAACUUCCAUCACCAUUGAAGAUGAGUCACACACACCCCUCAGCAGCCCAGGACUGAAGAAGCCCUGCUCGCCCCUGAGCCUUUGUGACCCCUCAUGUGUCAAGCAUCUUUUCCCUCCUGUGUGGGUCCAUGUGGCCCACUGUCUGUCUGCCUGAAUACCUUGAGGAUCCUCUCAGUUGUUGCUUCUUCUUUUAAGGGGAAAGUAAGAAAAAGAAAGGAAAUUCAAGCCAGUGUAUUUGUUUUAUUUAUUUUUUUUUUAAGAAAUUAAAAUCC